GUCCGCGGAUCGUCUCCCCGUCCGCUCAAGAUGGAACCGAAGAAGGUAGACCCGUCUUUAAUCAACGACAGCAGCCAGGUGGUACUGUACGGGGAAUUCCUCGCCGCGGACAACCCAAAAGUCAAGUUCGUCGUCAGCUUGACCGAGACGGACCUCGCGGUCCAAAAGCUCCUCGCGCCCUCACCUGUCCUCGGGCGGAGCAGGCAAACGUUCAAUUUAAAGGACUGCGUCGGUGCUCGUUCUUACCGGGAAGAUGACAACGAAGACUCGGGGGCAUACUUUUCGGUCUACUUUUAUCCUCUGAAGAAGCGGUGGAUGUCCACCGGUGUUUCGAGGCAGCGGGUGGAGCAGUGUUUCCAGGUCGCGUCGGUCCAGGACCCGCGCGCUAACCUGGAAGAGGCGGAUAAAUGGGCUCGAGCGAUCCAACAGCGUAUGGGACUCCUGCAGCCCUCCAGAGACGGGGUGUUGCUGAGCGAGGUACGGCGGCCAUGCAGGGUCAUGCUCCUGGUGAAUCCGCAGAGCGGGAAGGGCCAGGCCCUGGCGCUGUACAACGGACCCGUCCAGCGCAUGCUCCACGAGGCCGGGGUCCCACACACACUCUUCGUCACCGAGCGGAAGAACCAUGCCAGAGAGCUGGUACGGGAGGCUGACCUCAGCCAGUGGGACGCCCUGGUCAUCAUCUCAGGAGACGGAUUACUGUACGAGGUUGUAAACGGUCUGCUGGAGAGGGAGGACUGGGAGCAGGCCAUCCACACCCCUCUGGGGAUCCUGCCCGGGGGCUCAGGGAACGCACUGGCGGCCUCCAUCCACCACUACUCUGGAGGCCCGCUGGUGUCCAGCGAGGAGCUGCUGGUCAGCUGUGGCGUCAUCCUGUGUAAGGGCCUGGUGUCCCGCAUGGACCUGACCUCGGUCCACCUGGGCUCGGGCCAGCGCCUCUUCUCCUUCCUCUCCCUGGCCUGGGGCUUCGUGGCCGACGUGGACGUGGAGAGCGAGAAGUACCGGCACGUGGGCGCGGCUCGCUUUACCGUGGGCACGCUGGUGAGGCUGGCCUCGCUGCGCGUCUACCGCGGCCGGCUCUCCUACCUCCCGGCGGACGACGGCGGGGACGCCGGCGCCGAGAGGGGAGCCAUCCCCACCGGCGGCGGAGAGCACACCUUCCGCAACACCUGCAGCUCCAACAACGCCCUCAACACAAAGAGGAGGGAGACCCCCUCGCUCUACGGCCCCGCCGACUCCCUUUUGCCCCCCGCCGACGGGCCCGUGCCCGGCGACUGGGCGGUGGUCCCGGAGGAGGACUUUGUGCUCAUGCUGGCCAUGUACCAGUCGUGCCUGGCCGAGGACCUGCUGGCCGCCCCCGACGCCGCCUUGGACCAGGGCGUCAUCCACCUCAUGUACGUCAAGGCGGGGAUAUCGCGCGCCUCGCUGCUCAAGCUGUUCCUGGCCAUGGAGAAGGGCACUCACCUGGCCACCGGCUGCCCGCACCUGGUGUACCGCCGGGUGCGGGCCCUGCGGCUUGAGCCCUACGCCGCGAAGGGCCUGAUCACUGUGGACGGGGAGGCGGUGGAGUACGGGCCGGUGCAGGCGCAGGUGCACCGCGGUCUGGCUAGGAUGAUCACUGGAUAACUAAGCUAACGGCUAGGCUAAUGGCUAGCGGUACUAUGACGGGCUCUUGGAGUGCAACAAAUCUUUUUUUUAUGCAAUAUAUUGGGUAUCUGAUUAGUGGUUGAAGGUUUGUCUAGAAAACAAGUGACCCGUACAAUGUGUGUAGUCUGUGUGUUAAUAAGACGCUCUACCCCGUGUGACAGUCCAGGGUAUACCUUCAUGCUUUUAAAGAACACAAUACACCAAAAAAUGAAAUGCGUCAAUGGCACGCUUGCGUACUACUUCAAAAUGUACAAUGUACUAUGUGGUCAAGCCCCCAUAUCACCAUGACUCUCUUCUCAUGGUCUCUGAUGUAACACAGAGGAAUCAGACUCAUGCCUUUUGCUGUGUGUGUGUGUGUGUGUGUGUGUGUGUGUGUGUGUGUGUGUGUGUGUGUGUGUGUGUGUGUGUGUGUGUGUGUGUGUGUGUGUGUGUGUGUGUGUGUGUGUGUGUGUGUGUGUGUGUGUGUGUGUGUGUGUGUGUGAGUGAUUUGUUUUGCACAUUUGUGUGAUGCGGGCACGCUCAUGUCCUAGUGCUACGGGCAUGUGCGGCAGCGACUUGUCGCGUCAUUCACAUGUUUAUCGCUGGAUCUUUUGCACCAGUGUUCCACCUGAAGGCAUCUGUGGGACAGUUUGUUGGGAGGUCAACCGGAGGCCCCUAGUGCCAUGCUCAAGGUCAACGACGCUCCAGCCACCCCCUACGGCUAAUGGGGAAGAGCACGGCUGUAACUCCAGUGGAGUGGUUAAUGCCUUUUGAUCAGGCUGCAUCACAAUUAUGCACAAAGCUUUUCAAAUGUAUUUUCAUAUUGUGAUACACCGAGUCCGUCAGAAUUAAUUAUGAUAUUAUGAGAAUACACCCCAAGAGAAUAAAUGUAUUUUUCAUCUUUAGAUGAACUGGGUUGAUCAACCCAUCGACUCAACAAGCAAAAGUUUACGAGACAUGGCUAAAUGUCUUGAAACCUCCGAAUGUAACAUUGAAACUGUGAACCAAAUGAAUAUAUCUAAUUUAUAAAAGGAUCAUUUAUCAUAUUUGUUUUGUGUUUGUGUUAACCGUUAUUUCCUUUUUGUGCACAAAUAAUCUGCUGCAUUUCCCUUGUGGCCUUCCACCAUGACGGCGUCCUUGCAUGUCCGUUUACCAGAGCUUCCUUCUGAAAACCAAAUAUGGUCGUUGACCAGAUGUCGUGACCCCUGGAGAUGACCUGUGACAGUCGGGGACAAACGUUCUAUCUGACAUGCCUUGAAUCCUCCUCGAGUUCCCCAGAGUAGGAGAGGUUUUUAAAGUUUGGUUGUUGUAUUUUUCCUCAAGCAACUUAAAGGGGUAGUUCAGAGUUUUGGACAUAGGGCCUGAUUCCCAAGUUAGCCUUGGUGUUCUUUAUCAUUGGAGACAGUUUUCAACACAUUUCAUUCAGUCCUUCUAGUUGCAGAGUUUGCUUGUGCUAGGCUAGCGCACGGCAACGGGCAAUACUAGCCUGCUAAUAAAACAGUCUUACCCACUCCAAGGCAAAUCCACUAUAACGCCAGACAGUCAAUGUAAAUGUCUGUUGAUAGAAUAAUGUUAGAAAUAUAACCAACCUUGCAUUGCAUUUUGAGGGACUUGCUGUGUCUCAGCAGCAGUGUUAUAUUCCUGGUAGUAGGCUACGGCAGUGGCAGACUUAUACCUAUGGUUAAAUUCCGCUGCUGCUGAGAAAGUAGUCCCCUAGAAUGUAAAGAUUCAUGCGAUGCGAGGUUAGUUUUAUUUCUUACCUUAUUCUAUCAACACAGACAUUUACAUCUAUAGCCUGGCGUUGUAAUUGAUUUACCUCGGGUGUACUUUGGAGUUGGUAAGACUGUUUUAUUAGCAGGCUAGUAUUGCCCGUUGCCGUGCGCUAGCCUAGCACGAGCGAACUCUGCAACUAGAAGGACUGAAUGAAAUGUGUUAAACUGUCUGCAAUGAUAAAGAACACCAAGGCUAACUUGGGAAUCGGGCCCUAUGUCCAAAACCCCGAACUACCCCUUUAAGCUUUUAAAAGAAACACUCCAAUUUUCAAAUACACAUUCAAUGGAAGAGGUCAUACUUUGAACUCUGCUAUUUGGAUCUAUCCCCCAUGUAAGUGCUCCUAAUAGCAAAAGCAACAAUUCCUAAGCAGAGGUUUAAAUUGAUUACAUUUAUUUGCAGAAAGAUGGAGUUAACAUCUGUUUUGUCAGGGCCUUCAUAAACAGACACAGUGGUCCUCGUUGUCUUGUUAAAACACAAUGGAAGGACUGUUGUCUUGUGUGACCUUUCUGAGGGGCAGCCCCAUGGUUGUGGUGUUCUUAUCGCUGCAAAAAACCAUAGCACAAACUCAUGCAGACUUGGAUAGUGCACCCUUGCUCCUAUGUGUGUGUGUGUGCGCUUGCAUGCAGAAUCACACAAACACACAUUCCUUCAUCCCUGCUCUAGAGUAUAGACAUGUUCAAUGUUGAGUAGGCGUCUUCCUUCUGCAAAUCACCACAGAAGGCCCCUUGGGGACCACUAACCAGCAUUAGCUGCUAGCCUGCCACUGGAAACUGAAGUCUGAAUGAGACUGCAAGCCGCUUCCUUUAUUUCUAUUGGCCUAUAACAUAACCUCGCUAAUGCUGCUCUGGAGGAGGUACUUAUUCACUAUCAUGACCUCACUUUUUUGAAGAUACAUUCCGUCCUUUAGUUGAGGGGCCGGUCUGUUAUGGUUAUAAAAUGUGGACGACUUAAGUGGGCCUAAAGGGUUCUGUUUUACGGCCCACAACAUCAUUACGAAAAGUGUCCUUACGUUUGUCAUCUGAUUUAUAUUUCUAGUUUCUAUCGGUUUCUAUUUAUCGAAAGCAAAAUCGUUAAUUAUUUUGUCAAUAUAAAUUAUUUUAAUUAUGGAUUUUUCUUAAAUCCCUGCUUCUGUUUGAAGUGCCUUGAUCACUAGUAUCUCUUAUAAAUCAUCUGGAUACAUGCAUGUAUUUGAUUUCAAGAGCUAAGAGAGGUGAAUUGAAGUAACGUUUAUUUUCUUCCCAUAGCAAGGGCUCUUGGGGUCAACAAGAUUUGCCUGUUUGCUUAGGGGAGUUUAUCACUGUACAUGAAAACAAUGUCAUGGGUCAAGUGAUACACUGUACUUCUAUUGAACAGACGUCAUGAACAGACAUGGCGUUCUCUUCAGCUACAGAAAUGAGGUCGUUCUGACACAUCGUGUGUGCGUUUUAACGAUCUGUGUAUGCAGCGAAACGAUAAACUGACGAUUGAUUGUCAAAUGCAUUUGAAUUGCUGCAGAGAUAUCUAUUUUUCCACAUGAAUGUACUUUUCUAUUGCUAUGAUUCUAUCCUUUGCUAAUGAUUAAGAAAUAAAGACAAACUUGAAUUUGA